UGUGAUCAGUAACCUGUUCGAGCGACAUGUUUCGAUGAACAGAAAUUUCAGUGGUUCUGAUUGAAAAAUUCUAAAAAAUAUGUGCUAAAUAUGACUAAAUUUAUCGUGCUAAAUUAGUUGUGUAAAAGAAAUUAAAAUUAAAAUGUCUCUGCACGAAACGUUCAUCGAAGAAGAUGGAUUCGGUAUGAUGCCUAGACCCAACCAUAACAGGCAUAAAACGAAAUUCGAUAUUGUUAGAAGGUAUACUAUGACCAAUAAGCACAGAGCGUCGGUGCAAUUGAUAUCGUGGGGCGCCACCAUCCAGUCGAUCAAAGUCCCGAACAAGUAUGGCAUUUUGGGUGACGUUGUUUUAGGAUUCGACGAUCUCGAGGGGUAUUUGAAGAACAGGUACAUAGGAAGCAUAAUCGGUCGAGUGGUGAAUAAAAUCUCCAAUGGUACGAUGACAGUGGACAAUAAGGAUUACUCGUUGUCAGUGAACUAUAGGGACGGUUGCAGUCAUUUUCACGGUGGCUAUUGUGGCUUCGAUAACGUCAAUUGGCAGUCCUACAUACGGGGAAAACACGUGGUGAUGACGCAUCAUAGUCCAGCGAAUUGCCAGGGAUACCCAGGUGAUAUGUUGAUACAGAUCAAAUUCUCUUGGACCGACGAUAACCAGCUCGGUAUUAACAUCCGCGCACAAGCAACUCAGCCAACACCUGCCAAUAUCACUACUAAUUGCUUGAUGAACCUUGCCGGCCACGCGACGGGUCCGAUCGAAUUGAAAAAACACGUGGUCUCAAUUAACGCUGAUUGCUGGACCUGCGCGGAUGUCAAAAACAAUUUGCCGACAGGCGCUAUACUUCCUGUCGAUUAUGAAGUCUACGAUUUACGUUUACCGACACAGCUGACCAAGAACCGGCUUUACAACGUACCAGGGGGUGGUUACAACCAGAAUCUCUGCAUCACCAGCCCCAGCUGUUGGUGUUAUCGAUUCCACGCUAGGAUUCUGCACCCGACCUCCGGAAGAACUUUAGAAGUUUACUCGAAUCAACCAGGUCUUCAGUUCUCAACCGGAAACGACCUACCCGAUCCUGAAUGCGUUUGUCCCCCCGAUUUCGACGACGCGUCCGUCUACGACAGCCAAGAUUGUAUCGCCGACCUCGUGGACACAGACAUUUGGGGGAAAGAUGGCGUCCGUUACCAGAGGCACGGAGGGUUCGUAUUGUCGCCGCAGAACUAUCCUGAUGCGAUCAAUAUAAGCGAUUUUCCCUGUUGCGUACUCUAUCCUGGCAAGGUUUACGCGCAUGACUUGACGUUCAAAUUUGGCCUGCUUUCGAAAAUUUGAAUCUGUUAAAAUCGAACUGUCAAACAACUCGAAUCACUCGUUUUAAUAGCUGUAAUUAGUAAUUAAUAGCAAUAACCUAAUUAAUAGCAAACCUACCCGUCGAAUGAACAGUUUCAGAUUGCUUACGUUGCGGUUAAUGCGAUUGUAACGAUCUUUUAAUGGGAAAUAGUUAACCCUUUGCACUCGAAGCUAUUUUAACUGUAAAUAUAAAAUCAUUUUUCUGA